AUGUCGAUAGGCAAAAUCUCCACCUGCCUCUGGUUCGAAAACCAGGCCGAAGAAGCGGCAAACUACUACGUCUCCAUCUUUGCACCAAACUCCAAAAUCACCACGAUCCAACGCUACUCCGAGGCCGGCAAGGAGCAGCACGGCCGCGAGCCCGGGUCCGUCAUGGUGGUCGAGUUCGACCUCCGGGGCCACCACUUUGUCGCCCUCAACGGCGGGCCCGCCCCGUGGAAGUUCAGCGAAGCCAUCUCCCUCAUGGUCGACUGCAAGGACCAGGCAGAGGUGGACCACUUCUGGGAGAAGCUGGGGGAGGGCGCUGAUCACUCUCGCCAGCAGUGCGGGUGGCUUGGCGACAAAUUUGGCAUCGCGUGGCAGGUUGUGCCGACCGUGUUGAAGGAGAUGCUGAACUCGGGGGAUAAGGCGGCGGCGGACAGGGCGACCGUGGCUAUGAUGAAGAUGAAGAAGCUUGAUAUUGCGGAGUUGGAGAAGGCGUUCAAAGGAUGA